GAAAAAGCUGAGAUAAAACUUGACUUGUUAUGUUACGUUCCCUACAUGUUCCUUAAAUGUGUUUUAAACGUAAAAACUCUGUGUUUUACUGAGGUAUUGAAGUUAAUGUGUUACAAAUUAGACUCAAAAUCAACAAGCACGGCACCGAGUAGUAUGUUUUCCAAUAUGCGGACAUCACCUGAAGGCAGCAUAAACCUCGUGAAGCUAGUAUGCUUAUGAGCGUCUGUGUGUGUGCGUACGCGUGUUUGCGCGCGCGCUCUGUUUGUGAGGCGGAGUUGCGUGCGAAGAGCUCGACAUGUCAUUCAGAGGAAUCCGCCACCUGAAGGGCGAGGAAGUGAAGGCGACUCAAUUGGGUAUAAAGCAUCAGGCAACAUCUGCCGCAAGCAGUACAAAGCUGACGAAAACAUCAGCUCGGAGCUUUUCGAUUGAUUUGAUUUUCCCGUGGAUUUAUCACUUGCCACUCUUGGGCGGGUACACCCCCCGGCCCCGGGACGCAUCUCUCUUAUUUUGUGCUUAAUGUGACUCCACUGCAAUACUAUACUGGACUUAACUGACAACCACAGCGUGUCUGGCGCACCUGUUAUCUCCACGGAGCGCAAGAUCAUGAUCCCUCCUGGAGACUGCAUGUACGCGGGCAGGAAGCGGAGGAAGCCCGUCCAAAAGCAAGCAAGAUCAUCAGUGCCCGGCCAGCUAAAAGUGUGAGCUUUAUGAAAAAGGGGGAAAAAAAAAGGUCAAAAUGUCAUGUUGUUAUUGUAUGAUUUGAAACUAGCUUUGCCCAAAACAGUUGGUGAACAAACUGUUUCUGACCACUUGUCACCAUGUUUCCAGGUCUAGGCAAGUUUGUGAAAAAAAAACACACACACACACACAACACGAGUGACACAUUGGAAUGGGUGAAAAGCUCCAAAAAUAUUUUUUGCCGUGACUUCAUUUCCAAAUCUUUGACUGACUCCCCGUGCAUGUGCGGCUCACCUCACCAGGAAGCCGUCGUCUGCGAAUGAGAAAACGAACCCGUCCAAGCGGCACCGGGACAGGCUGAAUGCCGAGCUGGACCGGCUGGCCAGCCUGCUGCCGUUCCCGCCGGAUGUCAUCUCCAAACUGGACAAACUGUCUGUGCUGCGCCUCGCAGUUUCCUACCUCCGCGUCAAGAGUUUCUUCCAAGCAAAUCAAGACAAGGCUCCCAGGAAACACAACAACACUGCAUCCUCCAACCCCGACCCCGGCAGGAAAGAAAGUGUCCCAAUGUGCACGGGCGUCAAUGAAAGCGGCCUGCUCUUGGAGUCUCUAACAGGAUUUGCCCUGGUGGUGAGCAGUGACGGAAUGGUCUUUUACGCCUCUUCAACCAUUGUGGACUAUCUGGGAUUCCAUCAGACUGAUGUGAUGCACCAGAACGUCUUUGACUACAUCCACAUAGAUGACCGCCAGGAGUUCCGAAGCCAGCUCCACUGGGCCAUGUGCCCUCGGCAGCACCAGGGAACAUCAGCACAUCAGGACGCCCAGCUCGCUGCAGGGACCGGUGACGAGUUUGUGGUGAGCAGCCUGUUCCACUCUCCAGAGGCGGGGGGCAUUCCUCCCGAGCUCUCCUGCUUUCUCAACAGAUGUUUCAUAGCAAGGGUCCGAUGCCUGUUGGACAGCACAUCUGGAUUCCUGACAAUGCAGUUUCAGGGUCGGCUGAAGUUUCUCCAAGGACAGAAAAAGAAGUCCGCCUCCGGGGCUCCGCUUCCUCCCCAGCUGGCUCUCUUCUGCAUAGCUGUACCCCUUUUACUGCCCUCCAUUACCGAAAUGAAAAUGAAGAACAUGUUAAUGCGAGGAAAAAACAAGAGCGGAGGAGGGAUUAUCUCGGCACUAGAGCACGGAGAUCGAGGGGAACACCUCCGGAGGCACUCCUUCAGUGGAGGAAUGGGCGACGUAACAGACCCUCUCCUGCUCUCCUGUCCAGCCGCUGUUGGCACCCAGAGGGGCCAGCACACUCCCUGGACCCCACUCACCAAAGAUAACCUCAAGUUCCGCCCUGAUGGCUACUACAACCAGGAAGAGCCCCUCAAUUUCUGCAAGUCAUCAAUGUCUUCCCAUAAGGGCCUCGGUCCGGGCCUGGGGAGCGCUUGGCCCCUGCGACAAAACUCGGGGCACCUCAGAGGGGGCCAAGGGGUCGGCUACAUCCCAACUAACCGCUUAAACAAGGCCGGCCAAUACGGGAAGCCAUACCGCCUUUCCCCGAGCUGCAAUAGCAGCAGGAAUGGCGAGGUGUUUGUGUCGAAACUCUACGGGAGCCUGCAGAUUCCCGCGGAUCCGGACGCCUACUGCGUGGAUUUAGUCAAGAGUGAGAACGGCUACGGCGAAUACUACGACGGUCAUUUGAUGCCGCCUAUCAAAGUAGAGCACGACUCCGACUCGGAGAACGGCUGCGAUCCCUUCGGGCGACCCUGGGCGCAUCGGGAUCCGGACGCGAUCGACCGUCGCUAUGGUAUUGGGGCGUACGAUCAGAGCACCGGCGUCCAGCUCAAAUCCGAGGCGGAUUAUUACGAUCUGCAGUACUCGCCCUGUCAACGGGGCAAAGCGGGGAUCAGCCCACCGUACAACAGCGGUAACUAUCAGAACUAUGCGGUGAACAACAGUGGACGUUUGUUAAAAUGUGACAAAGACUUGGCUAACACGAACGACAACAGUCAGUUUAGCCCCCAGAGACUCUCUCACUCCCAAUGCAGUAAUCAAUCGGUCAACCUCAUUGACUCUCACGUCUACCAACAGGAGCCUCAAAAGCCCUACAUGCACCAGGACUUCGACAAGCACGGCACUUACGAGUUCAAAAGUCACGGGCUGAUCCAUUCCAUCAAAAGGGAGCCCAUUGACUCCCCGCCGUGGUCUGAGGGCGGCCAUGACAUGAGCCAGCCCAUGAUGGUUGCUCCAAGGAACAUAAUGUCAUGUGUGAGCACGGGGCAUCACAAAUCCAGCCCUUACGUUUAUAUGCCCUAAAAAAAUGAGUUGCGCAUCACCUGCUCUCAUUGACCACACACACACACACACACACAAAUGUAGUGUAGUGUUCCUGUUGUGUGACACAUACCAGCAUAAAAUGCAGAACGUCAACAUUCUUCCAUUUGCCGAAGAGGUGACAAGCGAGGCUCAGGUUCUAAGUGUUAGUGUUGUGACAAUCAAAAACUGAAUCCCAUUUGAUGACUUUUUAUCCUUUGCAGGUUUUCCAAGCACUUUGGCAUUUAGUGACAAUGAGUCGGAUCAUGUCCAGACGCACCAUUUAUUUCACGUGUCGUGCAUACCCAUUGUUUGACGUUUUCGCUGUGAUGUUGUCAACCAAUUUGGAUUCGUCCGCAGCAGAUGACUCGCCUCUGGCAAGACUCAGCUCUGUUUUUCUAUCCAAAUGUGCUCGAAGAUCUCUGGGUCUUAGUGGUAGUUUUGCAUGUUUUAGCACUUUAACUACAAAUCGCCCACAAAUGAAGAACACUGGGUUUGUUUCUAUGCAUUACAGCAACGCGCUACACAAGCUUGCAAAGACAUGCGGUUAAUACACGUUGGAUCAUUGGAGAAUAGUUCAAAAAUAUCAAGCGGGACCUCUGAGGUCAAGCGCAAUCAUUUCUGAGAUGCUGGUCGACUUUGUUUACAUUUACACCUUCUUCCCAUGGAAAAGAAUCAAACUAGUAAACUACCGUGGUCUACUAGUAACAUUACUAGUUCCAUCUAGUAGGCAUUUAUCAUGCACUAGCCUGCUGGACACUGUAAAACAAAAAAAAACCUCACAGUUAAAAUAAAUUUAAUAGUGAGGUCAAAAUUUCACAGAAUACGAACUUCGAUAAACAUUUUACGUUGAGCUAUUCAACGAAAUAUUUCAAGUCAUGCUGAAGCAGUCAUUUAAUUAAGAUGGAACAACUUCAUUAAAUGACUGUUUUAGCCUCACCACCCCCAUUUUUUUAACAGUGUCAGUUUCCAAAUCCAAACAAAUUAAAAGUGGACCAGCAUCCCACAAAACAGGAACCCGACAGUAUUGUUGACUCGACACGAUGCAAUUUGCAAUUUGCAGUUGACUGAAAGUGGAAUCCUGUUACAGCUUUAAAUCAUUUUCACUACACUUGGUUAACAAAUAAAACUGCCUAUCGGUGGGAUUGAAGUGCAUUAGGAAAGCCAUAAACACAAAAACGAUAAUUUGGCUCUGAGUUAAAGGGUGCUAAUUGGCACCAUUUUCAAAACAUCCGUCAUUGAACACGUGAUGGUCACCGCGAGUGUCAAAAAAGAUGGCGAAAGGGCUCAACAAGCAUAUUGUCAAUGGUGGAAGUUUUCUGAACUCAAGUUAGUUUAAAGUGAAGGAGCAGGUCAUCUGUUGUUGACAUUUUAGUCUUCUGUCAAAGCGCACAGUAGCAUCUUGACCUUAGAAAUGAUAUCGUUCAAUAUUUUCAUGUCACAACUUACGUUGUACAGUUUAGUGUUCACUGAAGAUCAGCAUUUCAUGACAGACUUGACACAAUCUUUUUUUUUUUCCUUUCCUGUUGAUGAUGCGGUUCGGUCAGACAACAGACGUGGUCGUCACAAUCCAUGUUUUUGCACAACGAAACGAAGAGCACCAAAUUAAUGCGACGUCACGGCCCCGGUUCGGUGGCGUUGCUGUGGUAGCUUCAAAAAUUGCACUACUGAGAGUAGUUCAGUUGAAGUUAUUAUUAUUAUUAUU